AUGGCUUCAGAAAUGAAGGUCGGUUGGUUUAUCAUGACAAUCUUCGAGUCGAUUCUGGUAGUUCAUUCUUUUUUAUGCUCUCUAUUCUUCAUGUACCUCAUAGCUAACACCAAAACUUUGCACUCGUAUUGUCGAGUCUGUCUUGUCAUGGUUGGGUUCUCCAUGAAUCUUUUCGCAUCCUAUGGCUUUUCAAUAUUCGAAUAUUUGAAUUCUGGAAAGUAUUAUUCUCUUACUGAGGAAUCUGCUAGUGUCAGAAGCAAGACAUGGGAAUUCAUACACGAAUUUGGUGUAUGUCUACAAUCGCUGUCUAUGCUUCUUUUCUCGAUGGACGGACAGCUGAUUUUAGCCACAUUGCUCAUGGAGUGCUCUGAUUAUUUGGGCCUUUUUAUGUCCGAAGUGUACUCCUGGACAAAUACCCUACUUCCUGCAGUCGUUGGUGCAUCGAUUUUCAAAGUGUUGUCAAUGAUUCCGAUUUGGACUUGGCUUCUUCUAGGCCUAACUGAAUGGGAGUACGGUAUUGCCAAUUUUUUGUAUAACAAUAUACUCAAUGCUUAUGUAUGCAUAUUUCCAUGGGUUUUGGUAUACAGAAAUGAGAGUUUGAGGAAGCAAAUUUUGUCGACGAAACACGUCCGAGUAACACCGGAUAUAGAAUCUGCAAAACCCAUAAAGACUUUAGAAGGCAAAGUAAUUUCUAUGAGACAAUCACAAGAAGAGUAUUUUGAUGCAUUGAAAGAUUCAUGGGAUGUUUGA